GAUCAGCACCACCUUUACAUCAUCAUCAUCAUCAUGGCAGCAGAGCUCCUCCAGGCCACUGGGGGCAGAAUGGAGCAGAUGGAACAGCAAGUGACGCAGAUGUCCUCCUCCUCCUCAUCAUCAUCCUCCAGCUCCUCCACCUUUACAUCCUCCACAAGCACCACCAAGCUGCGAAAAGUGUCCCAGGGUCUGUCAAGGACCAUUGAAGAGCACUCCGGGGUUCAGCGCAAGACCUCAGCUGUGGUGGAGUCCUUCAGCCAGGUACAGAAAUCCCCCCAGAUCCCCAAGGGAGAAUCUGUCCCAGAUUUCGAGGAGAAGCUGCGCCCCAUCACUGCCCAAGAGGGUGAUAAUGCGGUGUUCAAGACAAGAGUGUUGGGGAAUCCCAAACCCAGUGUCAGCUGGGAACGGGCCAGCGGGUGCCCCCUGUCUGAUGCAACGAAAUCUUUCUAUGACAACAUCAACAAUCAGCAUAUACUCAAGAUCAAAAAUAUGGCCCUGGAGGAUGCUGAUGUCUACAAGUGCAUUGCUUCCAACAAACAUGGAGAAGCCACUUACUCUGUAUCCCUCAUUGUAACAGAAAAUCCAGCGUUGGACUUCAAAAAGAUGCUGAAGAAACGGAGUGUGGAGAAAAGAGAAGAGAAGAAGCCACCCACAGAGGAGGAGAUGUUAAAGAUCCUGGCUGGAGCUGACAAGAAGGACUAUGAGAGGAUCUGUGCCGAGUACGGCUUCACCGACUUCAGAGGCAUCCUCAAGAAGCUGAAGGAGAUGAAGAAGAAAGUGGAGGUGGAGAUGGUGCGUGUGUUGAAGCCCCUGGAGGACAUCACUGCCAAAGCUGACACCAACGUCGUCUUUGACACCAUCCUGGAGCUGAAGGAUCCAAAUAUCAGGAUGCAGUGGUUCCUGGGCGUGGAGCUACUGCGGAUCCAGUACUCUCAUGGGAAAUACGAAGUGAAGCAGAUGGGAACCAAGCACAUGCUGUGCAUUUCUAGCGUGAGCCUCAGUGACAUGGGCACCUAUACUCUGCAGGUUGGAGACAAGAGGCUGUCAGCCAGGCUUAACGUCAUAGAUGAACCUCUGAAAUUCCUGUCUGACUUCAAGCCAAAGAAAGUGACAGAGCGCCAGACCGCAGUGUUUGAGGUCCGUCUCUCCAAGAAGACAAAUGCACCACUCAUCUGGAAGGUAAAAGGAAAGGAAGUAAAAAGAGAUGAAAAGUUUGAUGUGUCCUUGUCUGAGGAUGGUCUGACCUACACCUUAAAGAUUAAGGAUGUGAAAGUCAGCGACACUGGGGACUACACCAUCAGCAUCGGAGACCUCACCACCACCGUGCCACUUUUUAUUGAACGGAUUCCCAUCAAGUUUAUCAGCCACUUGAAGAAUGUCCACGUGCAGGAGAGAAGCAAGGUCCGCCUGGAGUGCGAGAUGAGCUCCAAGGACGUGCACAUUCGCUGGCUGAAGGAUGGCUGCGAUAUCACAGCGAGCCGGCGCUACAUCUUCAUGCGCGAGGGAAAGAGGGCAGAGGUUAUCAUCGAGGACUGUGAGCUGACAGACGGGGGAGAGUACUCUGUCGUCUGCACUCAGGACAAUGACACGCAUGAAUAUGUCAGCUCUGCCAAUCUAACUGUGGAUGAGCGGUUUGCCUCAGUGUUAAGAGGUAUGUCAGAUGCUCAGUGUCCUACAGGCUCCACUGCAGAGCUAUGUGUUGUUCUUGAUGAUGAGAAGGUGGAUGGAAUGUGGCUGAAGGAUGGAAUGGAGAUUUCAGGGCUGAGCAGGGUUCAGGUGGUCAAACAGGGAGCCGUCCACAAGCUAAUCUUCUCUGGUGUGACUGACGCUCAUGAGGGCAAGUACACCUUUAGAGCCAAGGGGGCUGAGAGUGAGGCUGUGCUCACUAUUGCAGACCCUCCAGAGAUUGAUUCCUCUGUGCUGGACUUGCUGGGUGCCCGACCUGUGGUUGUGAAGGCAGGCCAGACAGCCACUAUUAAGAUCCCCUUCAAAGGCAAACCACCUCCCAAGGUCACCUGGUACAAGGAUGGGGUGGAAGUCACAGAGGAUGAGAGAACCAAGGUGGAGAAGACAGCUGAUGGUACCUCCCUGGUGCUCAGCAGAUGUGUGCGAGAGGACAGUGGCGCAAUUAUGCUCCGUUUGAAGAGCGACUGUGGCACUGCUGUUGCCAACCUGCAUCUGAAUGUGAUUGAUCAUCCAAAGCCUCCCCAAGGGAAAGUAGAAUUCCCAGAGCUAUCAGGAAAGGGCAUCAAGAUGAAGUGGAAGGCUCCCCGGGACAAUGGGGGUAAGCAGGUGACCAGCUUUGUGAUCGAGCGGCGCGUGGCAGGUAAGAAGUCCUGGAACAGGGUCGGCGAGGUGGACAACAGCACCACCAUCUUCAGAGAUGACAAAGUGGAGGAGGGCCAGGCGUACCAGUAUCGCAUCAGAGCUGUCAAUGCAGAGGGAAUGAGUGAACCUCUUGAGACAGAGGAGGUGCGCGCUGGAGAGCCAGUAGAGCCUCCAGGCACUGCGUCCCAGCCCCAAGUGUCUAACAUAACAAAGAACACUAUGACAGUGAGCUGGACACCUCCAGCCCAUGACGGGGGAGCCCCAGUUCAGGGCUACAUCCUGGAGAGGAGGAAGAAAGGCAGCAAUAUGUGGUUGCAGGUCAAUAAGGAGUUGCUCACAGAUACAAAAUUCAUGGUGGAUGGGCUGGUGGAUAAUGUUGAGUAUGAAUUCAGAGUCUCCAGCGUAAACAGGGCUGGAGCUGGCAGUCCCAGCACUGUUUCUAAUGCUGUGCUGGCCAAAGACCCAAUACGUGCUCCUGGCCUGGUUAGGAACCUGUGUGUGUCCGACUCCACAAACUCCUCCAUUUCGUUAAGGUGGACACCUCCAGAGCAGGGAGAUGAACCCUCUGGCUACAUCCUAGAGGUGCGCCCCAAAGAUGCUAAAGAGUGGAUGAAAGCUACAAAGAUCCCCAUCGCUGGUACUACCUUCACCUUUGGAGGACUUCAGGAGCGGAUGAAGUAUCACUUCCGUAUCCGGGCUGUCAAUGAAGGAGGGGUGGGGGAGACCACUGAGCUGAUGGAGGGCGUAUUGGCCAUGCCUCCACCUGUUCCACCCAGAUUUGAUCUCCAGGGAAAGCUGAAGAACCAGAUGGUGGUCCGAGCUGGAAGGGCACUUUGCCUCUACCUCAGCUUCACCGCUUCACCUCCCCCAGUGGUAACCUGGUUCAAGGAUGGGGUCCUCACUACAGGAAAGGAAGUCAUCACCAAGGGCAAGAGUAACUCCCAGUUCCUCAUUACCUCUUCUCAGCGAUCAGACUCAGGUGUUUACCGUGCCCACCUGAAGAACGACUAUGGCGAGGCUCACUAUGAUGUUAAUGUGAAGGUUACAGACUUUCCCCGACCCCCAAAGAACCUCCGCCUGGUAGAGGAGGUGCCAGGCACAGUGACGCUGCAGUGGGACCACUCUCCAGACAUGGCUGACGACGAUGAGGGAGCACAUUAUGUCAUCCUCAAACGAGACACCAGCACUGCCUCCUGGUUCACUGUGGCUGAGCGUGUCUUCAGCAGCAAGUACACCGUCACUGGUGUGCUUCCAGGGAGGAAGUACUACUUCAGGGUCAUUGCACAAAACUCUAUUGGGGACAGUGAUCCUUUGGACUCAAAGGAACCUCUCAUCAUCGCCAAGGAGAAAGAGUGCAUCAGCAGCCUUCGGUUGAAAGAAUACGUCUCACCACCACGCCAGGUGAAGCCUACUUUCCUGCUGCCACUGAAGGACCAUGCUGUUCGCAGAGGGCAUGACUGCACUAUGAGCUGUGCUUAUCAGGGCAUGCCAACUCCACAGGCCUGCUGGUAUAAAGGGGAAUCAAAGAUCUCUGACUCCCCUCGAUUCUGGCACAGCACAGCCAACGGAGUGUGCACCCUAGUCAUCCCCACUUGCGGAGCCAAAGAUGGCGGAGAAUACACACUGGUGCUGGAGAACCCUCUGGGUAUGGCCAAGUGCUCCUGCAACCUGGUGAUCUUUGAUAAAGAUGACAAGAGUCUGUUGGAGAGCCUGACCAACCAGGCAAACAAAGAGAGGCUUAUUUUGUAAGAAGUCUGCUUCAGCUGUUGCCAUGACAAAUGCACUUUGAUUGGCCAUUGAGCUUAUGCUGCAUGUACUGUUGCCACAUCCAAUAAUUUAGGAAUUUUGGGACAUUGCAAAAAAUGUUGACUGGAAUUUCAGAUUUUGACUGAUUUUUCAACUUUCAAUUUGCCUUUACUCCUUUCCCCCCAGCUCUGGUAGUGUAUCAAGUGACCACUAGAGGUCAGACUUUCUCCCAUCCUAGUGUAGGCAUUCUGCUCCAGGGGCAGAUUAAUGUUUGGUGUGCUGAGAUUUUGACUUAGGUUAGUCAGCUUGCGCAGCAGCAGAGAUUGUACUUUUUCUCUUUAAGUCACAGAAGCUUUUCUCUCUAUAAAGGAAUUUAACUUUCAUCUUUUCAGACUCUGCUUCCCAAUUAGACUUGUCUCACAGGACUAGCUGUACAAGGCCACAUGCCAUGUCAGGUCAGUCAAUUAGAAUGGAUAGUGUCAAAAAUAAUCCAAACUGCACCACAUUCCCACAGCUGAUUGUCUGAGGGUGGUUUGCUGCCAAUAAUGCAAGUAGUCAAAAUUUAAAUGUCACUUCUCUCUGGAGUGUCCCCGUGGCUUACUCUGGGGAUCUGCAUACCAUAUAAUUACAGUGUCCUGGCUUUGGAUCCAGUCAACAACUUGUAUCAGAAGUUGUCACCCUCUUCUCACUCCUCUUCUCACUGUCUCAGUUUUUCUUGGUGUUUUUCUCUGUGAUUAAAAAAUACCUCAAGAUAAUUCUCAAACAAAAGUAAAUUAUUUCCACCUUCCAUAAUGUGUCACUGUGCAGAGAGUACAGUGAGAAAGUAUUAGUGUGACAGAUUUUUUUUGCAUGUGAUCUGUAAUCCAGUUACUGGAUUUGAAAUGAAACAGUGAGGUUGAGAUGGUGACUCCUGGCAUCAUCAUCCAUUCCUGUGAAGGUGCUGGAAUCCUUUUAAAAAAAAAAAAAAAAGUCUCCUAAUUUUAGGCAACAGAAAGUACUUGGACAAGUUAAAACAAACUAAAAGCCAUCAUAUUUAAUAUUUAGUUGGAAAUGAAAAGUCUUUGACAUGUUACAGCUCAUAGAUGUCACAAGACACUUGUUAUUUUCCCUGCUGACACUGUGCCAGAACUGCACUGUGGUCAUUUUCACUUCUUGCUUGUUUCAGGGGCUAUUUGCUCAGUUGGAUUGAGUUGUUUCACUGUCCUGCUGUGUUUUCCUAAUAAAAAGUGCUGUGAGCCCAACACUGUCCGAUACAGUUUGAAUACAGAUUUUAUUUGAACCUUUGAACCCAAAUGUUCAUUUCAACCCUGCUGUGAUUGUUUAUUUCAAAUCCAAUGUGUAAAAACAAAACAAAAAGUGACCCAACACUUUCUGACCACGGUGUGUGAUAGCUUCCAUCUCGACAGUGUCUGUAUAGCCUUCCUUGUAUAGCAGUAGUCUGCUGCUUCUUGAGAGAACGAGUGUGGUCUGGUGAAGAGCUGCCAAGCAGACAGAGAGAGGUGACAACCCCUCUCCAUCCUGACGUCACCGUGCUGGCUCCCACAAACUCCAUUUCUAUAGAGCCACCAUGGGACUGGCAGUGUCAGGUUGCCAGGUUCAAAUCAAUUAAGCACCAACAGGCACUAAACGGACGUCACUGGUACCUUCCGCCUCUUCACCACUCAGCUAAGGCACAAUAAGGUGGAAGUAGUCUGGUGUGAAAGCCUGAAUAGUCAAUCGAGGUAUUUGAUGAGUUUUCCUGACAUUUUAGUGCAUUGCAUUUAAAUGACUGAACCUGAGGGAUACACAUGGCUUGAAAAUAAAAAAUAUUGUGCAGCAGUGAGUUCAUUCAAGUGUUUUUCUUUGCUCCUUUUUUCACAUUUAUUUCUGUGUCAUUUUAUGGGAUCUCACCAAGCCUGUUUUUAUAAAGGCCAUUACAGAGACGCCUAAUUUUCAUAGAAGACUGGAGUUCUUUGAUGGCAAACCCCUGGCUGCGAGUGAAUGAAAGGCAUUUGGAGAGAACUGGCACAGGUCCUACAGGAAUAAACUACGAGAUGUGCUCUCUCUGUGUGCAUGUUUAAAAGAAAACAGGAGAUAAAGAAGCAGACAACCAGAGAAGAGGAAGACAGAAAAGGGAAGAGAGAGAGCUUCAUUGGUAGCAGUCUGAAUGAGUUUCCAUAGGGUUAAAGGCUGUUGAAAGCACAUUUUCCACCUCGGCCAGACAAUAGAGUGCAGCAGUUACUAGAACAGAGCUCUCUGUUGUCUUCCAGCCCUUUCUGCCUUAAUGGCACUUUAGCUGCUGAGGGCCAGCAGCUUCUGUAGAAACACAAAACACCA